UGUCAACCAAGUAUUCUUUAUGCCAAUCAGGAAGUGCAAGGACUUUGUUUCUUUUGUGUCUUACCGCCGCUGAAGUGGUCCGUCUUUUGUUCUUAAGUUACUUUUCUGGCCUUGAGCAUUCCUGCCUCUAUUUCAAUCUAUGAGGAGUGUGGUUUUGAAGAUAAGAAAGAGGUGGGCGUGGAGUCAUCAUUCCUUCCUAAGUUGACUGGUGGCCAGUACUCAAGGAGGAUGAGGUUCAAGCCUGUUUGAAGACAUUCAUCCUACUAUUCUAUUGUCAGGGCUAUGUGGGCAAUUUGUACAUUUUCUGUGAUCUAUGGGGAAUUCCUCAGCAUAUGGGGAAUUCCUCAGCAUAUGCCAGUGGUGGGAUUCAAAUAAUUUAACAACUGGUUGUUUACAAGCACCAUUUUAACAACCGGUUCUGCCGAAGUGAUGUGAACCUACUGAAUCCCACCACUGGCUCAGAAGCACUUUCCCUUUAAAUUAACCGAUACUUUUGGCAGAGGUAUUGGAAGUCCUCUCUUAGGGACAAGCCUUGUGAAUUGUGCCGAACAGGUAAAAUUGCACUUAAAGGUUGAGAUUGUGCCGGAAUUCUGCACCAGUAGCAUUGAGAAAACUGUCAUUUGCUCAGGCUGCUUCACCUAGGGUGAAAGGGCAUGAAGAUCCUGAUGAUAUUCUCUGCCAGAAGAUCAAAAUUUUGCAGCCUCCCCCCUCCUUGCUCCAGCCCACUGAUCUCAAUCAAAUGCUACCGACGAUCCUUGUUCAUUCAUUACAACCAUGGUUUCUGGAACAGCGUUGGUUUACGAUGAUGAAAUGACCAGCCAUAAACUACUUUGGGAGGACCCCAUUUGUGCCAUUGAAAUCCCAGAGAGGCUUUCUUCCUGCUUCAACAACCUCCAGCGCUACAGUCUGGUUGAACGAUGCCUGGCUGUACCUGUCCGAGAAGGAACGGAAGAUGAGAUCACAUUGGUCCACAGUUUGAAUUACUUGGAGGUUGUGAAAAAUACUCAGAAUAUGGAUGAAGAAGAACUCCACAAAGUCUCGACUAAUUAUGAUGCUGUUUUCUUUCAUCCAACCACAUAUCACUGUGCCAAGUUAGCUGUGGGAGCAACGCUGCAGCUGGUAGAUGCUGUGAUGUCAGGAACAACAUGUAACGGGAUGGCUUUAGUAAGGCCCCCAGGUCACCACAGCCAGAAAAAUGCUGCCAAUGGUUUUUGUGUGUUCAAUAAUGUUGCUAUUGCAGCAAAAUAUGCCCAAAGGAAAUACGGUGUACAGAGGGUUCUCAUUGUUGACUGGGAUGUGCAUCAUGGACAAGGAAUUCAAUAUAUAUUUGAGGAAGAUCCAAGUGUUCUUUAUUUUUCCUGGCAUCGGUUUGAACAUCAGAGAUACUGGCCUUCCCUCAGAGAAUCUAAUUAUGAUGCGGUUGGUCGGGGGAAAGGAAUGGGAUUCAAUAUAAAUGUACCCUGGAAUAAGAUUGGGAUGAAAAACUCUGAUUAUUUAGCUGUAUUUCUUCAUGUGUUGCUUCCAGUGGCAUUUGAGUUUGAUCCAGAGCUUGUUCUGGUCUCUGCUGGUUAUGAUUCUGGAAUUGGUGAUCCAGAGGGUCAGAUGAGUGCUACACCAGAAUGUUUUGCCCAUCUUACUCAUUUCUUAAUGCAUUUAGCAAAAGGAAAAUUGUGUGUGGUCCUUGAGGGUGGAUAUCAUUUGCGGUCACUGUCUGAAUCUGUAUGCAUGACUAUAAAAACUUUACUUGGGGAUCCUUUACCCCCUUUGUCUGGAGAAAUGAAACCAUGCUUCAGUGCGAUAGAGUCCAUGCACAACGUUAGAGCUGCACAUCAGUCAUACUGGAAAUGUUUGUCGUAUGAAGAUCUGACUCCCUUGAAAAAUCUCAGCACCAAAUUGUGCCAGUUGGAGCAAGUUCAAACUGGUGUACCACUUGUGGAUCCGCAGGAAGCUGGAAAGGCAAACAAUGAUGAAGCCACCAAAACAGAUACGUUUUUGGAACUGCAUAUGAAAGAUAUUCUGUCUCUGGAACCUCCUGCAAGAACAUCAGUAGCUGUUGCUGAAAGUAAUGUUGACCUCGAUAAUGGGGACAUCGAUGAGCUGAAUGCCAUAGUCCGUGAGUUUGCUGGUGGGUUUGUAAAAGAAGAAAAAGACUUAAAUGCGCUGAGGAACAUGUUGGCUAUCCUUGAAAAAAUAGUCAAAAAGAAGGUGACCAGUGGGCUUGUAGUAUCUCGAGAAACUUCAGUUUCUUCUGCUCUUGCUCUAAAAUACUGCCAUAACCAGAGGCUCCAAAAAGUCCUGUGCAUAUUUAUUGGUGAAAUGGAUAUGAACAUUGAUUUGGAUGAUGGAAAAGUCCUCUUGAUCAAUAUUUGUGGUAAACAAUCUGAGCAAGCUAACACAAAAUACAAUAUUUCUCUAAACUGGAAGGAGGAUGCUGAAGGAAACACUUUCUCCUCUGUUCUGUUUGGAUUCAUCCUUCCAGUAGUAUACAGCUAUCAGCCUGACCUAAUGGUUUUAGUGGUUGGAUCAAACCAGACCUUUGGCACAAAUGGGAUUUUGUUGCUUAUUAGCUUACUGCAUGGGUUAGCACAGUCUCGAAUUUUUGCUCUGAUCCAGGAUACAGAGGUACAACUUUUGGAAGAUAUAUCUAAACUGUUGAUGGGCGACAUUUCACCCUGCUUUGGAACCUAUACACCAGCUUCCCAAGAAAAAAUACAAAUGAUAAAAAAAUUAAGAGAGCAACUUCAACAAGAAUGGGAAAUGCUUCAGUGUUCAGUAAAAGUCCCUGUGACUGAAAAAUGAAAUUGCUUGGCUGCCAUUUUGGUAAUUUCCUUCUACCUAGAACUAAUCAACAGUAUCACAUCAAUCCUUAUAAUAUGCAAAUUGUCAUACAAAGAAAAACCAUAAUUGAGAUCAACUGCAAUUCAGCUGCGUGCAUAGAUCAAGAAGACCUGAACGAUAAAAAAAAGAAUAAAGGCAGUGCUAUGGAGAAGGAAUUAUACCACAAGAAACCUCACUAAUUUUAUCUUGAAACAUUAGCAUGUUGUUAAAUGUAUAUGUAUGUUUAAAAUUUUGGAAGUCUAUGAUUAUAGCCAGUUGUAGAAAUGGGAACCAUUAGUCUGUGAUGUCCCACUUGUUUUAAGUGCUAGCAAGGUAAAAAAAGAGUUGGAGCAAGUGUGCAUACAAUGCUCCUAAAUGCACGAGCACACAUAAAAUUGCUCUAUACUGAGUUAGACCACUGACCACUAUCAGGGUCAGCAUUGUCCCUUCUGACUAGCAUUUGACUCUCCAGGGUUUCAGAAAGAGGUCUGGCCCACCACCUACCAGGUCCUGCUAACUGGAGUUGCCAGAGAUUGAAACUGGGAUCUUUUGCAUGCAAGGCAGAUGCUCCAUCACUGAAUCAUGGACCUUCCUCUUAAGACGAAUGACUGAGAUGCCAUCCAAGGACAGCUCUUCUUACUUGUUUUUGUUUACUGUGACAAAAUGUUAAGGCAAGGGAAGAAACAUUGUUAUAAGGUCAUAUUGCUCUCAUGAAAAAUUACAGCAAAAACAGGAAUCUUUCAUGUAACAAUCAGGUCUUUCCUCUAUGUAAAGAAUGUAACUUCUCAUAGAUAAUUAAAACUCUUACUCCAGUGUA